AUGGAGACCUCUGUCAAGGCCAAAAUCAUGGCUCAUCCUCACUAUCACCGCCUCUUGAUCGCUUAUGUCAAUUGCCAGAAGGUGGGAGCACCAGCGGAAGUGGCGGCGAGGCUGGAGGAGGCUUGCUCGUCUGCGGCGGCGGCUGCAGCGUCGAUGGGACCCACAGGGUGUUUAGGUGAAGAUCCAGGGCUUGAUCAAUUCAUGGAAGCUUACUGUGAAAUGCUUGUUAAGUACGAGCAAGAGCUCUCUAAACCCUUCAAGGAAGCUAUGGUCUUCCUUCAACGCGUCGAGUGCCAAUUCAAAUCCCUUUCUCUCUCCUCCCCUUCCUCUUUCUCCGGCUAUGGAGAGACAGCUAUUGAUAGGAACAACAAUGGGUCAUCUGAGGAAGAAGUCGAUAUGAACAAUGAAUUUAUAGAUCCGCAGGCUGAGGAUAGGGAGCUUAAAGGACAGCUCUUGCGCAAGUACAGCGGUUACUUAGGCAGUCUCAAGCAAGAGUUCAUGAAGAAGAGGAAGAAAGGAAAGCUCCCUAAAGAAGCUCGUCAACAACUUCUUGAUUGGUGGAGCCGACACUACAAAUGGCCUUACCCUUCGGAGCAACAGAAGCUGGCGCUUGCGGAAUCAACAGGGCUUGACCAGAAACAGAUAAACAAUUGGUUCAUAAACCAGAGGAAAAGGCAUUGGAAGCCAUCAGAGGAUAUGCAGUUUGUGGUAAUGGACGCAACACAUCCUCACCAUUACUUCAUGGACAAUGUCUUGGGCAAUCCUUUCCCCAUUGAUCACAUCUCCUCCAACAUGCUUUGA